GCAGAUUUCCUAGUUCCCGGAGAGAUGGAGCUACAAGCCGGUACUUUGGUGGACGAGACGCUACAGUUAAACGCUUGCGGGGUGGUUGGGUACUGCAGCGAGUCAGUGGACGACCUGGACAUGAAUUUCAUGUCUGACUUGCUGCAGUCCGAGAGCAUCUCGCGAGUGGAGUUUCUGCCCACGAGCAACGAAUAUGGAGACUCUUCACCGACGGACAGCCUCAGUAGACCCAAGAGAGCGCUGUCCUCACCUUCAACGUCGGAGAUUGCAGAGGCUGAGCCUGAACGGGAGCAAGAUAGACCACUGAUUGAUCGCAACGCAAGACGACGAGCACAACUCGCCAGCAGUGCUCGGCGACUGCGGUGCAGAAAGAAGGGUGAGAGGAUGACGCUGAAGACUGAGGCGAAUUUCUUGGAGCAACAAUUGCAAACUCUCCGUUCAAAGCACAAGCAAAUGCGCGCUAAUAACGCUAUUGCAGCUUGGGAGGAGAGAGCUAUUGCGCAGCGUCACAAGCGGAGACAGGCAGAGAAAACGAAUGAACAGCUACGGCACGCACUAUUCCUACAGAGCGGGUUUGUGCGGAAUCUCCGGUCGAUGUUCUGCGACGCGAUGCCUACCAGCAUUGAGUUGAAUAUGCGCAACUUCCUGCAUACCCCCACGCGUCUACUGAAGGACCAACAUUCUCGAGUACGAAAUUUGGAGAGCAUUUGCACCGACGCGAAGUUAGACAUGGCCAAGCAGAUUAUCAUGGAGGAAACGGGUGGAAUCAAGCCAUUCAUAACGCCGCACAUUGCCUGCCAGCAGAUCGAUCUAGGACGUGAUGGCUUUGGAAUGACCACGGUCGCUGUGUACGCGCUGGAAACGCGAAAUGCGUGUAAAACUUUCAAGGCUACGUGCAGUGCCGUCAUGAACUGCGCGGUGGUGUGGCCCAACUAUACACUUGUGACCUCCUCGUUGAAGACCGCCGACCUUCCCCCGACGAAGCUCAACAUUCGAUACGGAAUGUCCCACAACAUCUACGAGAGCGAUGCUACGGGUGAUCGGGUGUCCGUGGAGGGACGAGAGAUCUCGUACUACCGUAUGACCAAGGACUGCGGCAUCUUCUUAUGGGAUUAUGUAGAUGUGGAUGACAUGAAUCCGAUGCAGAAGGAUACGACUGCCAUGCGCUGCACGACCGGAGCAGUACUCGUACGACCCGAGAUCUGCGUCGAUGGAGUGGAACGCAUCGUUUGCCGCAAUAUAUGCACUAAAGUCCACCUCGUGGAUUCGUCCGAGCUGACACCGAGCUUGGAACGCUUUUCGAAGUCGAGGCAGUUGUGUGCUAAGAUCUGCGGAUCGUUGGUUUACGAGGCCAUUAAAAAUGACGCAGUGGCCAGCUCGUGUUGAUGUACCGCGUGCAGUAGAGUGAUUGCGCAGAAGUGAUAAUACAUGUACUUCACG